AUGGGAACUGCCUGUAUCCGUGAACGAUUGGAUCGAGCCCUCUGCUCCCAGUCAUGGAUUACUCAGUUUCCAGAAACAAUGGUAAAGCACUUCACUGACCAGGGGUCGGACCAUCGCGCCCUCCUUCUCUCUGACCAACCGUACAGGCGCCAUAGUCGCCCGCUGUUUCGAUUCGAUGCUCGAUGGGCUGAUAAUCCCGAAGUCCGAGCUAUGGUGGUUUAUGUCUGGAAGGAGGAGGUCCAGGGCACACCUAUGUUCCAGCUUUGGGAGCGGCUGAAGAAACUUCGUCACUUGCUAUAUGACUGGAGCAGGGCGGGUACCACUAAUUCCCUGCGAAAUAUUCGAACCCUUCAGGCGGAAAUCGACCGGGUUAAACUUAUCCAUCCAAUUGAUUGGGAUGCGGUACGCCCCUUGGAGAUAGAACUAUCCAGGCAAUGGGAGGCGGAAGAAGUAUACUGGCAACAGAAAUCUCGAGUCAGGUGGCUGAAAAAGGGAGAUCAGAAUACCUCUUACUUCCAUACGGUCACAAGGACUAGGAGAAAAAAGAAUUUUGUUGCUGGGCUUCGUAGUGACUCUGGGGAAUGGAUCACUGAUGAGGCUGGGAAGGCAGAUUUGGCGAAUUCCUUUUACCAGCAUUUAUUCACUUCGGAGAAUCAAGUGGGGAAUAUGCCUGACAGGGUGGCAACACUCCCGAUAGCUCGCAGUGUCUCGGAUGCGAUGAAUGCUGAGCUUACGGCCCCGGUCCAGCCUAUUGAUGUUCGUCGAACUGUGUUUGCUAUAGGGUCGAAAAAGGCCCCAGGAUCGGAUGGCUUCACUGGAAAAUUCUUUAAAGCCUUCUGGGACAUCGUGGGGGACUCAGUGACUGAUGCAGUACGUUCCUUCUUCUCGACGAGUAAGCUGUUGCGGAGCUUUAACCACACAUGGCUGACGUUGAUUCCCAAGGUGGAUGCGGUAGAGAAUUUACGCCAACUUCGCCCGAUCAGUCUGUGCCAAUUCAUUUAUAAAGUUAUUACCAAAAUUAUGGCAGAUCGUCUGGCCUGUCUCUUACCGAACAUAAUUUCGGAGGGACAAAAUGCUUUCAUUAAAGAGCGUCAGAUAGUGGAUAACAUCCUCCUUGGGCAUGAAUUGAUGCAUUAUCUCAAGAUUAAAAAGCAAGGUAAGAAAGGAUACAUGGCUCUAAAGGUUGAUAUGGAAAAGGCCUAUGAUAGAGUCGAAUGGCCCUUUCUUCUUGCGGUUCUGGAGAAAAUGGGUUUCAAUUCUACUUGGAGGGGGUGGAUUAGAGAAUGCCUCACAACCACCUCGUUUUCGGUUUUAAUGAAUGGCACCCCCGCGGGGUAUUUCUCUCCCUCGAGGGGUCUUAGGCAAGGGGACCCGCUUUCCUCUUUAUUAUUUGUGCUCUGUACUGAGGGAUUUUCCGCUCUGCUGCGGAAGGCUAUUGCUGAACACAUAUUAGAAGGUGUGAAGGUGGCUCCUCGUGCCCCGAGAAUUUCCCACCUGUUCUUCGCGGAUGACUCAUAUCUGUUUCUGCGAGGCUCUCUUCAGGAAUGUGAAAACUUGAUUGAAGUUUUGAAUGAAUAUGAGGAACUCAGUGGGCAGAGGAUUAACCUGGGCAAAUCGGCAGUGUGCUUUAGCAAGAAUAUAGCCAUACCAGACCAAGAGUUCUUGGCCCAGAUUCUGGGGGUAGGUGCUGUCGGCGUCCAUGACAAAUACCUUGGGCUGCCAACGCUGAUAGCCCGGUCAAAAAUGGCUACCUUCCGUUACCUGGAGGAGAAAUUAUUGGAAAGAUUGCAGGGUUGGAAACAACGAUCUCUUUCUUGGGCAGCGAAGGAAACCUUGCUCAAGUCAGUAGCCUUAGCUUUACCCCUGCAUGUUAUGUCAUGCUUUAAACUCCCCCUGUCUCUCUGUCGCCUCCUUGAUAAACACCUUGCUCGAUUUUGGUGGGGCGUUGAGGGUGAACAUUCUAAAAUUCGUUGGAUGUCAUGGCGGAAUAUGUGUCGUAGUAAGCAUGACGGUGGUAUGGGAUUCCGUUGGUUCGAGCAUUUUAAUCAAGCUCUCUUGGCUAAGAUUGGGUGGCGUAUCCUGAGUGAACCACAGUCCCUGUUGGCACAGGUCUACAAAGGGAAAUACUUUCCGCAGGGUACGUUCCUCUCGGCCACGGCUCGGUCACGGCCUUCCUGGGGCUGGCAGAGCAUCCUGUUUGGAAGAAGUUUGCUGGUGAAGGGUCUCCGUUGGCAGAUUGGGGAUGGUCAGACCGCGCCUCUCUUGCAGUCUAGCUGGAUUCCUAACCUCCAUCCUGCUGAACCGGUUUAUAAUCCUCAAAUUCUCCCAGAGGACAGGGAACUAUGUGUAUCUGAGGUGAUAUGCCCGGGUGAGGGACGUUGGUGUGAGUCCAAGUUGGAGCGCUGGUUUGAUCCCCCGACUUGUCAGGCGAUCAAGGCAAUCCCUAUACCGAGGCAUCCUGUUCCGGACCGGCUUAUCUGGCAUGACACGGCAGAUGGUCAAUUCUCUGUUAAGACAGCGUACCACCUAGCUGUCCUAUUGGAUAAGCAGAAGGGAGGGUGGCGCUCGCUGGAAAGUUGGAUGGACAAGCCUAGUUGGAUCCGUAUUUGGGAGGCUCCUAUACCACCAAAGCUGAAGGUGUUCCUCUGGCAGCUUGUAAAUCGAAUCCUGCCCACUACAGAGGCCCUAAUUGAGAGGGAGGUCCAAGUUCAUCCCAGAUGUCCGGUAUGUUGGGCGGAAAAGGAGACUUUGGAGCAUCUUUUUCUCUUUUGCCCGGUGGCACGAGCUCUGUGGGACCUUUCGGGUUUGGAAUUUUUGGGACAAGGAUUACCUUGCCAUACGUUUCCCCUGUUAUUAAGAAGGAUGCUGAAUCUCAUUCAUCAGCCGGAUCUAUUUAUGGCGCUGGUGGCGGUCCUCUGGCGAAUUUGGCGAUCUCGGAAUUGGGUGGUCUUUGAAGGCAAGCAGUUUGGGAUCCCAGCUUUAAUGCGGCAAUUUCACCAGCAAUGCGAGGAAUGGUUGAGCCUUCCAAGGGAGCAUAUAUCCCCUCUGCAUAACCCUCCUAGUAUUCCGGCUAACCCGCCUGGCGAUUCCAGGCUCAUAUGCCGUUGGGAUGGAGCUACCAGGCAGGGGGCCCCCUCGGCUGGGGGUAUGGUGCUUAUGACCCCAGCCCAGGAGGUCAUCCUGGCUCGGGGAAUUCAAUUUCCUGAUCAGGUUGAUCCUAUGGUAAUUGAAUUGCUAACCCUUCGGGAGGCGGUUGGCUGGUGCCUAGGGCUGGGGUUUGCUGAAGUGAGGUUUGAAGGAGAUGCCAAAGUGAUUAUUGACAAGAUUGUUUCGCGACAGGCUGGAGAUAACCGGGUGGGAGCGAUUCUAGAAGAAGUUCUGAAUUAUUUUCUCUCGAGUCCGGGAUUAGCGGAGCGGUUUAUAGGUCGGAAUAACAAUAGGGUAGCCCAUAGGGUGGCUAGGAAGGCCCUUUCUUUGUCUCCGGCUAUGAACUGUGUGUUUGAUUUUCGGGCCUGGCUAGGUUCCAGGAUGUAA